CCGACUUCCCUUCAACGACGACAACGACCGACCCAUCCUCUCACCUCGCCCACCCCCCCUCCCUCUUCAGCUCCCUAUCCCUUCGAUUCCCCAAGUCGCAAAAAUGGGUGGUGUCACCGUUCGCGAUGUCGACGCGCAGAAGUUCAUCGCUGCUUACUCUGCGUUCCUGAAGCGUCAGGGAAAGCUCCCCAUUCCCGGAUGGGUUGACACCGUCAAGACCUCCGCCGGCAACGAGCUCCCCCCCCAGGAUGCCGACUGGUACUACGUCCGCGCCGCCGCCGUCGCCCGCCACAUCUACAUGCGCAAGACCGUCGGUGUUGGCCGUCUCCGCAAGGUCCACGGAUCCGUCAAGAACCGUGGCUCCCGCCCCAACCACCACGUCGAUGCCUCCGGCUCCGUCGACCGUAAGGUCAUGCAGUCCCUCGAGAAGAUCGGUGUCCUUGAGCACGACGAGGACAAGGGUGGCCGCCGCAUCACCCAGAGCGGCCAGCGUGAUCUUGACCGUAUCGCCAAGACCACCGUCGACGAGGAGGAGUCGGACGAGGAGUAAAUUUUAGUUUCCGCACCGGUUUCUUAACGCUCGAAUCUAAAAUAAUGAAAAAGUCCUGAUGUGUUACCUUUUUCUCUCUCUCUCUCCAUCCUAUCCUCCUGAAAUCUAACUACCUCUACGGGACCUUUUUUUUUUAUAACUUUGACUUCAUUCCAUCUUCUCUCUCUUACACCUUAUACCAUCCUGCGGUAACUCGUUUUUUGCUUGUCUGCUGCUGAUGCUGCUGCUGCUGCUACUGCUACUGCGUGUCUGCGGGCUGGCUGGGGGCAUAGAUCGGAUUGGGAUGGGGGGCAAUCACAGAGGCAAAUAUGGAUUGGAGUGGAUUGGAUGAGUUGAGUUGAGUUGAGUGAGUGGGCCAUGACAGGGAGAGGGCGAACUGAUUUAUUUAUGUUUUUUUUCCCCUGAGACAUUGAUUUAUUAGUUCAUGCUGGGCACCAGUGGACAAGUCAUUCUUCCG